AUGUUCGCCACCGGUUUGUUACAACUCCAAGCUAAAGACUGGUGGGAUGCUCAUAGUAAAGAGAUUGGGGAAGACAAAGUUCAAGUCUUGACAUGGCAAGAGUUUAAGGAACCUUUUCUAAAGUACCACUUUCCGCAAUCUGCCAUUGACAGGAUCCAAGAAGAUUUCUUACAUCUCCAUCAGAAAGACGAAACCAUUGAUGAAAUCACCAACACUUUUCUCGAUAAGCUGAAAUUCUGUAAAGAAAUAGCGGGAACGGAAAGAAUGAAGAUAAACCGCUAUCAUGGUAUGUUGAAAGCUGAAUAUCGGGAGUUCAUAAUUCCCGCUAAAUGUGAAACCUUGAAUGAACUCAUUAACUUGGCCCGAGAUAGGGAGAUUGAACUAAGAAGACAGGCAGAAAGAGGUGAGAAGAGAGCGUCUGAGAAUGUUUCCAGCUCGAGCCCGUCAAAGAAACAGAAAUUUCAAGAUCAGAGCAAGAAGGAUAAGGUGAAGGGUGUCCUAAUCCUUUCAGAACGUGCUAUAACUAUUUUGCAACCGGGUCAUAUUAAGGCUGAACGUCCCAAGCUUCAACAGAAAACCGAUAAGGAAGCAAGAAAGGAGGAAGCCCCAAGAGCUAAGGGGAGGAUGUUUCAGAUCAUGACUGAAGAAGCAAAGGACCACCCGAAUGUUGUAUUAGGUAUAUUCUUAUUGAACUUGAUGCCUACGUACGUGUUAUUUGAUAUUGGAGCCAGUAGAUCGUUUGUAUCAAGUGAAUUAGUGUCACACCCCUCUUUUAGAAUCGAAAGAAUGCAUGUGCCAUUAGAAGUAGAGAUAGCGGAUAGUAAGAGUUAUUUGCUGCACGAAGUUUGUAGAAAUUGUGAAAUUAUCAUUGAAGACGAGAAGUUUGCCAUUGACCUUAUUCCCAUGGUAUUGGGAGAAUUUAAGGUUGUAGUUGGCAUGGAUUGGCUAGCCAAACAUCAUGCUGAAAUCCAUUGUGAGAAAAAGAUGAUUCAUGUGUUAACACCGGAAGGAAAACGAGUGAGUAUACAAGGGGAAAGGAAUGUUAAUUCGAAGCUUUGUUCUAUAGUCCAAGCAUUCAAGUAUGUGCGAAAUGGAAGCAAGGCGUUUCUAACUUACGUGAUAGAUACUAAGCAAAAUACCCCCAAGAUAGAAGAGGUUGAAGUUGUGAACGAGUUUCUUGAUGUAUUUCCGGAAGAUUUGUAG